AUGAUGUCCUCAACAAACGAGGAGGAUCCCUUCCUCCAAGUCCAACAAGAUGUCCUCAGCCAAAUCUCGUCCAUCCGGCCGCUCUUCGCCUCAUACCUACGCAUCCGCUCCCUCGCUUCCUCACACACCUCCCCAGAACUGACAUCCGCACGCACCGAGCUCGAAGCAGCCUUGUCUUCCCUCGCAGAAGAUCUCGCCGACCUCGUGGCCUCUGUUCAAGCCAUCGAGUCCAACCCCUCCCAGUUCGGCAUUUCCGACCAUGAGGCCUCUCGCCGGAAGCGUCUCGUCCAGGAAGUCGGCGCCGAGAUCCAGGACAUGCGCGAGGAGCUCAACAAGAACAUCGCCAGCGCAGCAGGUGGUGGAGGCGGCGAUUUGCCGGACCCGAGCUCCUUUGCGAUCGGCGACGGCGACGGCGGCGAUGCAUACACUGAGUUUGAGCAACAACAGCAAAUGGAGAUUAUGCAGGAGCAAGACAGACAUCUUGACGGCGUGUUUCAUACGGUUGGUAACCUGCGUCGUCAGGCGGACGAUAUGGGUCGAGAGUUAGAGGAGCAAAACGAGAUGCUAGAGGUGGUAGAUGACUUAGCGGAUCGGGUAGGCAACCGACUGCAGACUGGUAUGGCCAAACUGCAGUAUGUAAUGCGCAAGAAUGAAGAUCGGCUGAGCAGCUGUUGUAUCGGAGUUUUGAUAUUUGUAUUGAUACUAUUGCUGGUUCUUUUAUUGAUCUUGUAA